AUGGAAUAUGUCAACAAAACUACAGUGAAAGAAUUUAUUCUUAUGGCCUUUUCUAAUUUCCAUCAAUUUCAGAUGUUAAUUUUCAUCAUAAUCCUAUUGAUGUAUAUAAUAUGUGUAACCGGCAAUCUUGUGAUUAUAGUAUUAGUUAAAAUUGGGCCGGAUCUUCAUACACCAAUGUAUUUUUUCAUCAGUGUCUUCGCAGCUCUAGAAAUUUCUUUUGUGUCUGUCACAGUUCCUAAACUAUUAGCUAACCUUAUCCUAGGCAGUAGAACAAUCACGUUCAUUGGCUGCUUUGUCCAGUUAUUUACUUUCAAUGCACUAGGGGUAACAGAAUGUUAUCUCCUUGCGGUCAUGGCCUUCGAUCGAAAUUUGGCAAUUAACAACCCAUUAAGAUAUGGAGCCAUUAUGAGUCAUACAUUUUGCUUCAAGCUUGCAUUUCUUCCUUGGAUUGCAAGUUUUACAAUUGUCUUAAUUCCUACAAUUCUAACAGCUGAUCUUGAUUAUUGUGGACCCAAUGAGCUCAACCACUUUUUCUGUGACUUGGCUCCAGUACAGAGCCUCUCAUGUUCCAAUCCCUUCAUCAGUAAUGUGGUCACAAGCAUUGCAUCAAUUUUUGCAAGUCUUAUGCCCUUUCUCCUCUUAAUAGGAUUCUAUAUUCAUAUCAUCAUCGCCAUUUCAUUGAUUAAGAGUAUGGAUGGGAAAAAGAAAGCCUUUUCUACCUGUUCCUCACAUCUCAUGGUAGCCAGUAUGUUUUAUGGCUCAGUUGUUAUUGUAUAUAUAAAACCCAAAGGUAGCCAGUAUGACAAGUUUAUUUCCCUUAUCUACACUGUCAUCAUUCCAACUCUGAACCCUUUUAUCUACACUUUGAGGAACAAAGAUGUCAAAAUAGCUCUUACGAAAUUAAAGCCUUCUCAAUAUUUCACGAAUCCUUAA